AUGUGCCUCAUGGGUGGCAUGGUGAGCCUCGUUCUGCUCGCAUUUAUGGUUUUGGUUUUCUGGCUGGUCUACGUGGAGUUGCCGCGAAGGCUGGAAGUCUUCGACGUGGACUUCCUGCGGAGCUGCUCCUUCUUGUGGGCACGCUUCCGGCCCGGGGCGGAGGCUUUCGCUGGGGCCUUUCUGGUCCGGAAUGCGCUCAUCGUCGUAUCUCCCCUGCUUCCCUCCUCCUUUGCGAGCCUCUUCUUCAUCAAGGUCUUGCUGUACACCAGUUUUUGCGCGGUUGCCUUUUUCAAGCCGCUGCGGACGAUGGCCGCGCUCUACCUGGAGCUGGUCAUCCACGCGGCCUUCUUAGUGAUCCUGGACAUGGGUAUGCUUUUCAUGCCGACUGAGGAGUCUGCUCUUGUGAUGGUUGCCUGCGUCUUGAUCAGCUCAUCGGUCGUGCUCAUAAUCCUUUCGAUGGUGGCGCAUGCUCUCUUCCGCAAGUGCCGCUCGAAGUACCGGAAGCAAUUCCAGUUCUUUAUCAGUCAUCAGAAAAGUGCUGCAGGGAGCCUGGCAAGGCUCUUCAAGAUUGAGCUCAGCAAGUGUGGCUUUAGGAGCUUCAUUGACUGCGACGACUUGACGGAUUUGACUCGGCUCUUCCUUUAUGUCAGCCAAGACGUCGAGACCCUUGUUGUCUUGGGCAGCGGUAACUUCCUGACUCGCAAGUGGUGCGUAGGUGAGAUCGUCACGGCACGGCUUCACAACGUGACGACCUUGCUGGUGGCACUCCCAGAUUUCACAAUGCCCGACGAGCGCUUCAUUGCGCUGUACGACAGCAUGGUGCCCAACAUCAAGGAGCUGGCAGCUUACGGGAUUGGCAUGCCGGAGAUUCACGAAACACUGCUCUGGCUGCAGAGCCUGGAGAGGUUCGACCUGAAGAGUUUCGAUUCUGAUCCCAUCCCUGGGGCGAUCAGCUGGCUGACGGGAGGAGCAACAAAAUGGACCAGGAAAGGAUCGGAUCUCCCCAUGAUGCGCGUGGUGUCUAAUCUGUCCGAGUGCCUGAUCCUUUGCGAUGCCGCGAAUAUGGAAGCUAUGGCUGCUGCCCAAGUACUGUUCGCCUUGCUAGGUGCCAAGAUGAUUGGGCUGUCCCUUAAGAAGACACUCCGUGUCCUGCGAACCGGAGACAUAGUGGACUCUGAAGACGUCCAUGCCCUCCUCCUGUGCACGGAGGGCUGCCUGGAGUCAAGGCAGAUGGCCUCAUGGCUACUGCAGCUGAGCUUCUGCUCCAGCUUUGUCCUGCCCGUGCUCGCGGAGGACUCUUUCCAGAUCCCGUUUGGCCAUGAGCUCAAUGACGAGUUCAAUGAGGAGUUCGAUGAGCCGGAAAACUUCGCAACAUCCCCGUAG